AUGAGUCCGAAUAAGUUAACAUCACCAGUGAUGGUAACUCUCCAAUCCACUCCUUUUUCAAUAGUCCAUGGAUGUCCCGGUGUCCCUAGAAGUAUACCGCGAAUCCAAACCACAGUUCAAAUACGAUCAGUAGAUGGAUCACCAUUUUAUAUCCGAGCAGUGGGGGCGUAUCUAACAACUACCCAGAAAGUAUCUAUACAUGCCACAAUCGGUACUAAUGAUGCAUUUAAGGAUAGUGUGAUAUAUAAAGAUCCUGUAAUAUUUCGACCUCCUGUUGGAGAAUUUUAUCAAGAAUUGAUUGGAUUGGAUAUACCAUUAUUGAUCCCAUUGCCAAAAGAAAUUGCAUCUAGUGGGGUGGCACCUCAUUGGCAUGCAACUACUAUACAUAAAUUAUUUAUUAAAGUAUCUGUUGGAAAUCUGGUUGAGAAUGAAUUGAAUUUUGUGGAGUCAUUUCCAGUAGUGGUGAAAUGUUAUGAUACAUUACCAUUAUAUCGACAAUUUAAUGAACCGGUGGUAGAAGCGUUGCAAUCGGGGGAUAAACAAGUAGUGGCAGAGAUGACGAUACCGAAUAGUUCAGUUGGACCUGGAGAUGAAGUGAAUGUGUAUUGUAAGAUUCUGACUAAUACUUUGAAUAAUAAAUUAAAACGAGGGGUUGGGUUAAAGGUUCUUACAUUGCAAUUGAAGGAGAUUAUAGAGUGUUUUGAUGCAGGACUACCUCCAAGAAAGGAACAUAAGAUAUAUACCACUACUAAGUUAUACGGUGAUAAACAAUUAGAUUCACAAGGAAUAACGGAACAUUUCCAAUUUACGUUCCCGAAAGAAAAUGAAUGUCUCGAAUUGUAUUCUGUCAAAUUUGACAAUAGAUGCGAUAGUCUAUUAGUUGAAGAAGAAGUAGAUGAGGAUUUUGGCAAUAUGAUAAUAGAACCAUACAACAUUGCCAAAGUAAUUGAAAUCGAUAAAUUAGAGCCAGGAAUAUCACUAUCUCAUACCCAAGGAUUUUCCACCAAGGGCCACUUUUUCACCGUAAAAUACGAGGUAAUACUAAAAGUCAGUCUUCGCAAAGCCAAAGACAUGCAAAUCCACCUUCCCAUAACAAUCAGCCCAUAUGACCGUACAAGUAGUUCAUUUCUCCUUCCAUGGAUCUUACAUGAAUGUGAUGUGGCAAGGGACAAGUUUGGUCGUAUGGUGGUGGAUCAGUAUUGUGCGAGUUUGAAGCCGUCGGAUCUUGCUAUGGUUAUGAAUCGGUUUACACCGCCUCCAUUUGUGUAUAGAUAUAUUAAGGAAGAUUGGGUUCGGUUGGGAUAUAAUAGAGAGGCGUUCGGGAGGAGUAAUAAUUUGGGAAAGUGUUUAGUUGAUUAUAUAGAUUAA